UCAAGUCUAUAAAAGUAAUCGAAUAAAGUAAAGUAUUCAUAUGAUCUAUACCUCGUGGCAAAAUGAGAAUAUAUCUGCUGCUGUGUAUUGUUGCGUGUGCGGCAGUUUGCGUUUCGGGAUCGUCUCGGGAGCCUCAAUGUUCUGUGCAAAAUUUGCCAUCGAAAAGACCAAGAUCAUGCCAAAAGAACAAAUGGUCGAAAUGUGAAGAGAAAGAAUGCUCUCUCUCUAUUGAAAAAGGAAUACUCACUGAGAAUGGAAAAUCAAAAGUAGUUGCUAUUGUGAAACCAAUAAAAGUAAAUGGAAAAGAAUGCGAUAAAAAACACUGGAAAGGUCAAAUAAAGCGAUGUAGCGGUGGAAUAUUUCCAUGCAGAUGUCGAAACUGGGGUAUUAAGACAGUCGUAACAGCCUGGAUUGGUGGGAAGUGGAUGUCUGUUCAAAAAUCGGUUGAAAUACAUAUUCCAGCUGGAUGCAUGUGCGCUGAGCAGAAAAUCCUAACAAGGAGUUUGUAAUUCAAAAAGUGCUGUUUGCUUGUGCGUAUACCGGUCAAUAAAAAUGUGUUUAAUUGAA